AUGUCAACCACGGAACAAGUAACGCCCACCGACGCUGGGGUACAUCCCUCUGCAAUUGGCACCAAUGUGCGCCCCGACACAACCCAACAAAGCGAUCCAAAUCCAUCCGAAACGGCGACUAUUGGAAACGAAAACCAUGACGAGUACCCGGAGCAGAAACACGCGGGAAAAGUUGGCUAUGGACCGCAGUACCGUCCGGGACCAACUUUCGCCGACAAAGUGACUGGAUUGAAAGAAGAAGUCAAAGGAAAGAUUACUGGAAAUCAAGGCCUCGUGCAGGAAGGUCACGAACGACGGACCGGAGAAUUGAAACGCAAAGAAAAAGAAGCAGACAUGAAUGAUCCUUUUUCGAACCAACAAACCGAACAUAACGUCGUGCAAGAACAGCAUCCAGAUGACAGUCAUGGAGCAGGGAAAAAAUGA